AUGCCGGCCAAAAUGCAGCUCCUUAUCAGAUGUAACGGGAGGAUUUUCCUGGCUAUUUGUUUAAUCCUCUUUGUGGGAUACACAGCACAAGGUGCUCCGAUGCAGAAGGCAAGGUACAAGCGAGUGAGGUGCCGACCCGACGCCUGGUCUGCUAACUGCAUUGAAGAGAAGGGGCCCUGGUUUUACGUGCCCACCGGUGGAGCCAACAGGAUCCUUCCUCCCAUGGCAGACCCGUCCCUGAUGAAGAGAUACCAGGAUCUGGGUGACAUAUUCCCGCUCUCGGAUGAGGAGUCCGGCUCCGGGUCCGACGCUGCGGUGGAAGCAGAGCCAGCCUCCGGGUCGGGGCUUGGCGACAGUGAUGGCUUCUCCGAGGCGAAGGUCCCCGUCUUCCUAGCAGGCCUGCGAGGCAGCAAGCUGAAGCAAAAGCUAACGGAGGAAGAUUUGCUCCUGUAG